AUGGCGAACUAUCCGCCAGCAGCGCCCUUUUUCGGCAUGCCGCCAUAUGCUCAGGGUUUUCCCUCGCAGAGUGCGCCGCCGCCGCCGCCGCCUCAGAGCGGCGGUCCUACCUAUCAGAAUGCACCGCAAUUGCCGCCGCAGCAGCCAGCUCAGCAGCAGGCGCAUAGCUUUCAGCAGAACGCGUCCCUUCCUACCCCGGAUUUCCAGGCGCUUGGCCUGAACUCAACCCAACUUGCGGCUCUUUGGCAGCAUGUUCAGAGCGGCGCUCCUCCGCCUCCGCCGCCUUUUCCGCCUCCGUUCACCCCACAGGCCGGCUUUGCCCCUCCGCCGCCUCCGCCGCUGCACUUUCCACCUGGCUUCCAGCCUCCAGCUGUGCCUUCGUUUCCUCUCCCACCUCCACAAGCACUUCCCGGGCUUACGCCAGUGCCGCCGCUGCCUGGUGUGCCUGCGGCUCUGCCUGCCUCAAACAACAGAGUAAUGGAAAUUGUCCACGGGGACAAGGAGGAGGGGGAGCUUAGUGAUGAGCCUGGUUCCCAGGAUGAUCCGGGGCGCUCAUGGUCACGAGAGGGUCACCAGCGCGCUGGAAAAGAAUUUGAAAACAGGAAACAACAGGCGGAGACAUUUCUUACCAUCCUGCACAACUGUGGAUAUGGACAUGCAGAUCUGCAGAAGUGCGGUCUUGAUCCCAAGCUGGUCAAGGAGGCUUGGACGUCGCUUGGAUUUCCUCUUGACCAGCAAUCUCUUGACGGUAGGCGCAGCUCUGCUUUGGAGUCGAGAACUGAGCAACCAUCGCCUUCGUCACAGCCCAAGACUGGGCCAGCUUCAGCUCCAGUUUUGCCAGCGGCACAAUCGGCGCCCUCCACUCAGCCUGCAGCUAGACCUCAGCCUACUGUGGGUACUGCGGGCAUUAACAAAGCAACCGCUGGCCCAGCGGCUUCUUCGCCUACUGAUCGGGCGGCGUACAUCGCCCGGCUCAUGGCUGCCAAGAACAGCAAGGCCUCUUCGAAGCCGUCCGCUGUGGCGACCUCUGCUACUCCGUCCCCAGCGCCUGCCUCUAUUGCUGUUGCUCAAGCUCCGUCUCGAACCGAUUCCGCGACACCGGCGAAACCGCAAGAACUAUCGAAGCAGGAGGAUGCCGCUGUCACAGAUCCUGCUGUGCUAGCAGCUCAAAAGAAAGAGGCACAAAAUGAAUUGUUGCGGAAAAAGAUUGAGGCACUCAAGAUCCCAAGGAAGAAGGCCGAGGAAGAGGCUCGAGCCAAAGCUCAGGCUGUAGCGGCAUCGCUGAGUGCCAGCAGAACACCAUCGAGUUCUGGUGCAAGUGCGGCAGCCAUGUCAAAGUCUGAGAUUCCUGUUCGCCCUGCUCAGCAGGAAACAGCACCAGCCGACUCAACACCUCGUAAAGAUUCACAGCCCUCCCCGUCAAUGCCGCUGCAAUCUCCUGGGGGCAUCCCUGGUCUGUUUAUGACUUCAGCCGCUCCUCAGGUUGCCCCUAAACCUACCCAAGAUCCCCCUAUCCCGUCCGCAAACAGAGGCCGCAAGCGCCCAGUAGCAUCGGAUUUCGAAGAUUUGCAACAAUCUCGGACGCCACCAGCUUUCAAGCGUCCGUUUGGUCAGAGCCAAAGUGAUCACGAGCAGGUGAUCAUUGAAGUUAGUGACGACGAGACAGCGGGAAGCGUCAUGGACAUCGAUGAAGCUGACGAACUGCAGCCUUCUGCUCAGCCGUCCGUUCAACCUCCUAAAGGAGGAGCUAACCGCAACCUGCCUCCUCUAACCAACUUUCCUGCCCGACCGGGCUUCAGCAGGCAAGGAUCGGCACACUCAACUCCUCCUGCUCAGCCGCCCAUACCCGCCGCCAGAGUUGCUGACCUGAAGCGCAAGGAGGAGGAACUUGCUGCUUUGAAGAAGCUCAUUGCCGAAAAAGAACGCCAGCGCCUGGCCAGGGCGCAAUCUAGUCGAGCGCAGACACCGGCAACUCCCACGCACCAGCCCUCUCAGGCUCCCCAGCUUGGCUCUAGCCCCGCAGCGAGUGCACCUGUCAAUAGAGGGAUAGCACGAUCACCAGCAGAACCUGACUGGAAACGACGAAGAAGGGCGGAGAUCCAAUCUGGAAUAUCCGCAUUCGACGCCGAUCUUAACAGCAACAUGAGCAGACUAGAGCAGCUACGCAGGGAGAUGGAGCAGAUUGAGGCCGAGAACAAGCGCCGACAGCAAGAGAAGGAGUCGCUGAUCAAUGAGCUUGAGGGGCUCGGGAUCGAUACGGAAGGCAUGCCACAUGAGGAGCUUCAGGCGAAGAAAGAUGAAAUUAUGCAUCAACAACAACAAGAAGCCAAUGCAGCAGCUGAAGCGCUUGCUGGAAACUCUGCCGCCACUUCCAAGGCUGAGGCAACAGAUUCGCCACAGCUGGCCUCUGUUCGAGAUGUGCACCCCCCGAUUGCGGCGUCCAAGAACAAAGUUGCUUCGGAAAGCUCUGGGGACCGAAUGUCCAUGUCUGAUGGUGAAAUCGAAAAUGAAUCGGACACCACAGAAGCAGAAAUGGACAUGUCCGAUAGCGACGCUGAGAAGGAAGAACCCGCUCAAAUCCAGACGGCAUCUAACGCGGAGAUGAUUCAAGCCUCAGAGGCUCUUGCAGAGCCUGCAGUCACGGAAGAGACCCAACCGGCAACUGCUUGCCCCGCAGAGACAUCUGAACAAGAAGACACCGAGGACUUUUAUUCUUCUGAUGCCCGCCAGGAAGUUUCCGCUUCUGCCCCCGAAGCACAGGCUGUCCAGGCGGACCACUCGUCGGCAGAGAGCAACCAGCCAAGCCUUCAAGCGGAUGACUAUGCACCACCAGGCGAUAUCGAACCGCAAUCUUCUGGGUCCGGAUCUACUUCGUCCAGCUCAUCUGAAUGGGACCCUCAGCUGCAAAGCGAGGAGCAUGGGACGGGGGAGCUGACAGGCGUAGCCCUGGAAAAUGAGGGUGACGCUCGCAUGGAGGCCUUUGAACCCGUGCCGGAUGUUUUGCAGCCGGAAUCUACGAAUCAAGAUGUGACGGACGAGUUGCAGACCGGCGACGCCUCGUCAGAGGCCAUGGACGAGGACGAGGACGACUAUGAUCCUUCAGACAUGCUCCCUAAUCCGUCGCCUUCGGCCGCAGCUAGCGACUAUCCAACGCCUCAAACAUCGUCCACUGAGGCCAUCGCUACACAGGCGGUGGCCCAAUCUGUUGCUGGAAGCCAAGCUUCAGGAGAUUCGGGCUCGGGCUCAAGCAGUUCAACGUCGCGGACUCCGCAAAUCUCCAUCAUUGCUGAUGACGUGGUGUCUGAGCUUCAAGGACAGGAACCUGCAACUACAACGAACGACCAAAGUGCGCCAGCACCUAGUGACUUAAGCAAGCACUCGUUCUAUACACCUUACGAAAGCCCUCUCAAACGUUUCAAAGCGUAUCGCUACCACCCGCAAUACUCACAUGACGUCUCAGGUGGAUAUAGGUCGCUUACUUACAGCCACGAGAUCGAUGCCAUGAAGCCGCACUUCCGCACCAUGGGCAUCAGUGAGGACAAGGUCCUUGUCCAACUGGGGAUUGUGAAUCCCGGGCGAACUCCUGAGGAACAGGAGAAGUGGAGAGCGGACCUGAAGCAAGUGCUGAAAGGUCUGCGUGAACAAAACGUCAAGGACGCCGAGUCCGUGGCGGCGGCAAUUGCGAACUACCGGCGAGAAUUCCUCCAGGACCCCAGCAGAGUGCUCAACAUUUGA